AUGCUUCCAACAUUUCAAUCCUUUGACGACAAAAAAAUUACAAAAACUUUUCCAAAACGCCCAAUUAAAUUACCCAAACAAAUUGCUUCUAAAGCACCUCCAACUCAAAAAAUGAAACAAAUGAGUGCAAUGACUACAGCUAGUGCAACAACAGCAAUUGCUGAUGUAAUUAAUGAGUCUGCUCCAGUUACUCAAAAUUUAAAGUCUACACCGCAUCCUACCACAAUUCCAUCAACACCAAUUUCUCAUACUAUCUUUACGACUACAGACUCCAAUAACGAUUGUGCUAUGAUUGAAUCUUCUAUCCAAGUGUCCGAAAAUCGUUUAAAGGCUGUAUAUCUGCAAUUUGAGGAGAAUAAAAAUAAAAUUGUUGAUUCUUCUCUACAAAGCAAAAUUCAUCGUUCUGGAUCACUUACAAAUGUUUUGUCAAUCAUUUCCAAAUUUGAGAUGAAAAAGACAGAAGUGGAAGUGGAAUCAAAAUAUCUUGAGGAGGCAAAACAAAAUUAUAUUCAGGCUUUGGCAAAAUAUGAUAAGAAGACUAUUGAAGCCUUAAAAGAAGUUGGCAAUAUUACUGAAGAGUUUAAUGAUUUAAUUGUCAAUUUGGAAAAGCUUCCCAGCACCAGUCAAGAUAACAAUUUAAAUAAACAACCUAUUACGGCUGAUAAGGAGGUUCAAGCUUGCCCUCCUCGUGUGUUGUUCAAAUCUCCUUCAGCUGAAUUUCUUCCUACAAUGCAAAUUGUUCCUCUUCCUCCAUCACCAAUUUUACGAAGCAGCAUUAAAUCCAAGAAUGUUCCAAAAGGAAAUGUUACACCUAUAUCGUUUAAAUUCUACAACAAAGAAGAUUAA